AUGGCGCCCGCUCCAUACACCGCCGAACCGGGCAACUGGUUCCUUCGUGGAGUCCAGUCUGCCGUCUUCUACUACGUCUCUUGCUCGCCCUGGCUAGGCUACAAACACCGGCGGAAAAGGAGGAGGGAAGCGAAAGAGCAAGCACAAGCGAAAGCAGAGAUUGUCGUCACUCAACCAGGCAUUGUCACGCAGCCUGGGCCUUUUCAGACAAAUGAAGCAUGGGCAGAAGAACUGAUGCUGGGCCCUGGCCCGCCUAAAGGCUGGAAGAAAGAUACGCUGCUGCAGAAGUUGCAAAAGAAAGUGCACACAGAGCCGCCCACCUCAGACACUACACCCGCACCGAUGGAAACCCCUCCACCAACGUCUGAGCCAGUACAGCCGUCUGCAAGACCAUCGACGACACUCACAGACUCGCCCACUGAAUCCUCAGCAAGAACAUCUUCCACCGCAGACGAGGUUGAGGAUGCAGAUGCUAGUCGCGACAAGUCUGCGGCGAUUCAAGAAAGACCACCGCGAGAAAGAAGACUGUCCAGUGCUAUGGAGGACCUGAAACAUUCUCUCCGCACGACCUUACAUCCGCCCAAAUGGAACUGGAAAAGAUAUGACCGAGAGGAUGAGAUUUUACCUGGGUUCACAGAGAGAGUUACGAGAAUAUGGAACCGGGCGACUUCAGGGAUGCAUCAUGAGGAUCCCGAGGACCAAGAAGAGGGCGGAGAGCCAUCGGCGCAUAGACGGAAGCGUGCGCCCACAAAUGAGAGUGAGCGAUACGACUACAAUCGGGUCAGGCAUCCCGAAGUGAAUGAUCUACAUCCUCCGGUUGUAUCCCAGCUGCCUGCUACAAGGGCCGAAGCUGCCUGGAUGUUGCUUCCUCCUCCCAGUGCUGCAGUCAUGGAAGCACGCAGAAGACCUGCUGCGGAACCUGAAAUGCGCUUUCCAUUAUGCGUUAUUGGUCGACCGCGAAAACAGACGGAACCGAGGCCGACGCUGGCUAAAACGCGGUCUUCAGAGCAGGUGGACAUGCAAGAUCUGGUUUACUCUAGUGAUGCUGAAGAUGAAGAUGACGGUCUUAGCAGCAGCGAGACACAAAGUGUCCACCCAAGCAUCCACCACGGCCAGGUGCAGAGCGAGAGUGACAGUCCAGCACGGAUCAAGCAUCUGUCGGAUCCAAUCAUCAAACCGCCACCAGCUGUGCAUCCAGUAUCACGGAUUGCUGGAGAUCUAUUCGUCCCAAAGAGAAGGGACUCAUGGCAGUUUCAUUAUGUUGUCCCAUCGAACCAGCCGAUGGAAUGGUGA